UUUGUAGUUGUAAAAGCGACCGCCGCAAACGUGCACGAAAAUUUUUCGUUCGUCUCGAGUACGAGUAACUAUUAUACGUUCGAAGCGCGAUCGGUCGAUUCGAAUAACGUUUUCGGUAUUAUUGUUCGCGCGGCGUGGUGUGGCGUGGCGUGGCGUGGCGUGGUGAAGCGCGACGUUCAAUUUUUUUGGCCGAAUUUGAGAAAUUUUUGUGUCCGAUGCUAAAAAUGCUAUCCAAGUUGAGAAACGGAUGAAAAAUUAACCACGGCGCGGCGAUCAUGAAUCAUCACGUAGCACGUUGUUUUUCGAUCAGAGUUUCGAAAAUUAUCGCAUAAUACGUCGUAUUAUCGAUGAUCGUACUCGUAGUUUUGUUUAUGGUGAAUUUUUUCUUAUAAGCUUAAUUAUUAACUCGCGAUCACGAAUGUUAAUUGGUGCUUCAGUGUGCAUCGUUAUUUGACCAGCAGCAUAGGUACUGCGGUGUUGGUGAGAUCAUCGUGUGUGUGUGUGUGUGUGGAUCGGCGGCAGACAGCAGGCGAAACGACACGUUUUGCUUCACAACACGUCGCGUCGUCAUGUGGCCGAUCUAAAGCUGGGAAAUACCCUGCCGAAAACUUGGCCAAGGUGCGCGUGCGGUAGAAAGUGGACGGUAUCGGACAUCUCGAUAAAUAAGCGCCUCAAUGCGAAUCGAUGAUCGUAGCAGCCUAGUCGUACUAGCAUUCGUACUGGUGAAGAGGAAAAUCUACAAGAAGCUCGUGAGGAAGAGAAAAUCGCGAGGAGGCGGCGGCGCUGCAGUGGAAAAGAAGCAGAAGAAAAAGGAAGUUAUCAUUUCGCCGUAAUAAAACCGGCGUAGUGGGGGGUGCUGUGUGCAAAGGUAAUUGUUGCUGCUGCCGCCGAUGCGCAGAGCAGCUGCAGUCGCGAGAUCCUUCGUCGACGCGUAACGACGGCGCCGGCGCGACCCACCUAACAUCGCAACCACGAUCCGCUCAGGCGCCGACCUCUGCCGCCAGCUAUAACUCGGCUUCGGGCACCGCCGCUGCCGCUGCUGCCGCCGCCGCAGCCGCGGCUUCCGCGUCAAAUUCCAAAUCAUCCGCCGCAGCGCAAUCGUCCGCGAGUCCGUCCGGCAAAGGUAGCGGCCCAGCAGAUCCGCCCAAGGAGGACGAUGCCGGUGGCGGCGAUCAGGCGGGCGGAGGGGGCGGUCAGACGACGUGUCUGAACAACUAUCUGACCAUCAAGGAGCUGCACGAUAUCGAAGAGGAAGACGAUCAGCUCGAAGAAGAUCCCAUAUCCGAAAGUUCCAACUCGUUGUUGAUUUUAAACAAAGUGAAAACGUCUCUGUCAACGUUAUCGGCGUCCGGCGCUUAUCAGCAGCAUCCGCAAUUGCAAAAGUGCGAGAGCCGCAAAAAGAAACGUAAUUUGAGGACUCGGUCGGCGACCAGUAGCAGCACUAGUUCGGAUAAUACAUGCGGAAGCGCGAGCGCCGGUAUCUCCAGCAUCGCAUUGAACAGAAUGCAGGCCGAGCAGGGAAGCAUCGGUGAUUUACAAAAAUAUCAUAAUCGAUAUCUUCGCAGUCGUCGACAUACUCUUGCCAACGUUAGAUUCGACGUUGAAAAUGAAGCGUCAGCCGGCGACAAGCUGUCUCUGGAAACGGGCGGAACCUCGCCGUCUUCGGGCGGCUUGGUUUUGCAAAAUUUCCCUCAGAGACGAGAGUCGUUCCUGUAUAAAUCGGAUUCCGAUUUUGAAAUGUCUCCGAAAUCCAUGUCCAGAAAUUCGUCCAUUGCCAGCGAAAGGCUAAAAGAAUCGGAAACAUUAUUGGAACGAUCUCACGGAGAAGAUUUAAUCGUAACACCAUUCGCGCAAAUAUUAGCCAGUUUAAGAAGUGUACGCAAUAAUUUCGUUAGUUUAACGAACGUUCCAACGCAAAAAUCGAGAAGGUCUUCGGGGUCUUCUUCGGCAACGCAGCAACAAAACAGAGUUUUAUCGCCCGGAGAUGAAGCGUACGUUAAAUUAUCCGUCGAAACGAUGGAUGAAUUGGAUUGGUGCUUGGAUCAGCUGGAAACUAUACAAACGCAUAGAUCAGUCUCCGAUAUGGCAUCGUUGAAGUUUAAACGAAUGUUAAAUAAAGAGCUUAGCCAUUUUUCCGAGUCGAGUAGAUCUGGUAACCAGAUUUCCGAAUACAUCUGUUCCACGUUCCUUGAUAAACAACAAGAAUUAGAUUUACCUACUUUAAGAAUAGAAGAUAGUCUGAAAACUUUAGAAAGCACCAAAACUGCAACGAAGAACAAAAAAAAGCCUACCGACAAGAAUGGAGGCACACCUAUGUCUCAUAUAUCGGGCGUAAAACGUCCUCUAUGCCAUGCUAAUAGCUUUACCGGCGAAAAGUUACCAAAAUACGGCGUCGAGACUCGAUUCGAAGAAGAACUAGGCCAGACUUUGGCCGAAAUCGAUAGAUGGGGUAUCGAUAUAUUUAGGAUAUCUGAAUUAUCGGAUAACAAGCCAUUGACAGCUGUCGCUUAUACAGUCUUUCAAGCACGAGAUCUGUUGAAAGCUUUUAUGAUUCCUGCAAAAACGUUUGUCACAUUUAUGAUGACCUUGGAAGACAAUUACCUUAAAGAUAACCCAUUCCAUAAUAGUACGCAUGCAGCUGACGUUACCCAGUCUACCAACGUAUUGUUGAAUUCGCCUGCACUAGAGUCUGUGUUCACACCAUUGGAAGUAUGCGCGGCCUUAUUCGCCGCUACUAUACAUGACGUCGAUCAUCCUGGAUUAACUAACCAAUUUCUUAUCAAUUCGAGUUCCGAAUUGGCGUUAAUGUACAACGACGAAUCGGUGUUAGAAAAUCAUCAUUUAGCUGUCGCAUUUAAGCUGUUACAAAACGAAGGUUGCGAUAUUUUUCUAAAUUUAAGCAAAAAACAACGACAGACUUUAAGAAAAAUGGUCAUCGAUAUGGUUUUGUCAACCGAUAUGUCAAAACAUAUGAGUCUAUUAGCCGAUUUAAAAACAAUGGUUGAAACCAAAAAGGUGGCCGGAUCCGGUGUUUUGUUACUAGAUAAUUACACCGACCGUAUUCAAGUACUAGAAAAUUUGGUGCAUUGCGCCGAUCUCAGCAACCCGACCAAACCUUUGCCGCUGUAUCGCCGAUGGGUGGAUCUCCUAAUGGAGGAAUUCUUCCUGCAAGGAGACAAAGAGAAAGAGCAGAACCUAGAUAUUAGUCCAAUGUGCGAUAGGCAUAAUGCUACUAUCGAGAAAUCUCAGGUUGGCUUUAUCGAUUACAUCGUGCAUCCUUUAUGGGAAACUUGGGCCGAUCUAGUUCACCCGGACGCCCAAGAUAUUUUAGAUACAUUGGAAGAAAAUCGUGACUGGUAUCAAAUAUUUCCUUUGCAAGGUAUGAUUCCGCCGAGUCCUCCACCUCAGGACGAACCAGUGAGCGGCGGCGGCGACGAUAAAUCCGAAUCAGCCAGCUCGGGCGUGAGUAACAUUCGUUUCCACGUGACUGUCGAAGAAGGCGACGACGACGACGAUAUGAACGAUGGUUCGAGUUUCGGCGGAGCGACUUUUUCCGAAAUGUGACUAGAUCGGCGAAGCCAACGCGAAGAUGGGCUGCCGAGUGCAGCAUCUGCAGGCUCAGGCUCAGGCUCGUCCGCGUCACCCAUACUGGCCCGUAUCGUGGCCACGUUGGACGUGACCGCUCUCAGCAAACGCCUUCUUCACUUCGUCUCGCAUUAGGAAGCCGGUCGCUGUUGUAUCUCUUUUUUAAAGUUACCAUUUUUUUGUGCUAAUUUGCAUUUGUUUUUUCUAUUAUUGUAUUCUCUUAUUUUCUCUGUCGUGUUUUUUGUUUGUUUUCCUCCGUUUUUCUCUCUCUCUAUUUCCCUCCUCCUCAUCCUCCUCCUCCUUCUCCUUUACAAAUACCUAUUAUUUUUUUUUCAAUUUUCCGUUUUUAAUUUGUUUCGAUUUUGUUUGUCGUUUAUACUUACCUACUUCUCGCGACGCGACCAUAGUGAAAAGUGGAAAAGCGUUCGCCGCGGCGUUGAUUAUAAUAUUGCGCAUUUGUAUCGUGUACUUAUGUUAAUUAGUGCCUAGUACAUAUGUAUGUUUAAAAAUAUCGAAGCAGACUCGCGGACUGUCCAUCGCCGCGUGUUAUUCAAUACGUACUUAUAUAUAGACGUACCCCUUCUUACGAUGCUACGAUGCCCGAGGGUGAGAGAAUUCAUUUUUUGUUGCUAGUCAAUGAGAUAUUACACACAGUCGUGGUGCUGAUUGCGUGAUGUGGGUAUAAAAUACUGCAAACUGCAAGAGGAGGGAGGGGGGCUGAUACAGUCAUCACUCGAAUGUUAGUUUUUGGAAUUUCGGAAAAUUCGUUGCAAAAGGUUCCAUAGUUGAUGAUUAGCUCCCUCCAGAGAUAGAAUCUUCGUAAGAGUGAUUUCUGUGAAAAAUAAUUUCUGCAAAAUUUUAAGCAUCCGAAUUGAAAUUAAUUUCAGCUGCAAAGCCCCCCAAAAGUAGAUAUUCGAAAAAUAUUUUUGAAAAAAUUCAAGUCUCGGUUUUGGUCUAUUUUCAUCAGAUCUUUUGACUCCUCCAUCACGUGAUGAUGAAGAAAUUCAAAAAUUCGCCCAGCUGAAAUUUCAACUCGACAUUUCGAAACAUCGUCAACCGAAUUAUUGUCCAUUUUUUAACCAGAUGUGAAAUCGCUGGUCUAUAUACCUACAUAUAGAGGCACCUAAUAUCUUUGAAACAACUCUUGGGAAUGUUUUCAAAAAAGUAUUUACUAGAACCCAUGACACGUGGGACGAACCGCGCUGUGUUGCAUUUAGAGCCUAUAUACCUUUACCUACCUACCUAUCUAUAUAUUCGUAAGCAUACCAAAUUCGAGUGGCGCUUUGCCUCUGCAUCAUCACCACGUACCUACCUACCUACGAGUAAUUAUUAAUCAAUAUCUACCUUGUUCGUAGAUAUUUUAUCAACAUCUAGGUACCUAUACCUAUCGCAAAUAAUUAUGAUGAUUGGGUGGUGUAAAAUUUGAAAAAUUAUUGUCAAUUUCGUAAUUCGCGUCUCCUAUGUAGGUAUGAUAAUAACUACAUUACGUAUGUAUUACGAGUACGAUGUACCUAGACCUACCCAUUUACCUAUUUAUGACGAGUAUUUGAAGAAAUUUCUAUAUAAAAUUAAAAAUACGCAUAGCUGAGUCUUUUACGUGGUAUUAUUUUUAAUAAUAUAUAGGCUAUACUAUAAUACAUUACAACUUAAUGAAUCUCCUUUCAACGCUAUUAACAUUAUUCUAGUCCAAGUUAGAAAAAAUUUUUAUAAUUUUUUUCUUCUUCUUUGUUGUUUAGCGCGUGUUUUGUCGUGUUUGAUGACUCUUUUGUUUAUUGUUUUAUGUCGCAUUACCUCCUUAUAUAAGUAAUUAUUACCUACGUACAUUUAUUAUUUUAGAAUUUCUAAUCUAAUACGUUUCGAUUUUCCUUAUACAUUGUGUGAAUAAUACGCCCCCUCCCCCCUCCCCCCUCCCCUCUCCCCUCUCCCCUCUCUCCUCUUUCUUCGCAAUACUACAUAUCUAUCUAUCUCUUAUAUACGUUUGUUUGUUUUUUGUUUUUGUUUUUUUUGUUUCUUUUUUUUGGUUUGUUUUGUUUAUUAUUUUUUACAUCACUGUGGAACUAAUUUUUUUUAUCAUUAUUAAUUAUUACUUAUUAUUAUUAUUACCUACCACCUAUUCUUAUUAUUAUCUAGUAUUAUUCUACUACAUAUUAUUCUUCUAUUUCGUGUGCAAAUUUUGUAUUUUUUCCCGUUAGUAAGACGUAUAAUACCUAAUGAAGUAUUAUCUGCGUACCUACGUACGUUUUUGAAAACACUAAUUUUUGGAAGCGUUGCCGCGCGCCUAGCUACGAUAUCCUCGAAGAUACCUAUACCUAAAUAGAAAAGAAGCUUACCUAAUGUGAUAAAAAUAUACUUUUAUACGAGAUAAGUGAUAAGGUUUUUCAAUUUUCUCCCCUUUUUGUUGCGGUGUAAUGAAAAUCAAAAUUAUUGUUACGUUAAUUGUACAAAAUACGUACGUCUAUUCGAGAGUACCGUGUGUUCGAAAGGUUCCUGUCGUAACAGUUGAGAGAUUUAUAGCGUGCGAAUUCGUCGAGUUCAAUUUUUCAAGUUGACGUUAGUUACAGACUCGAGUAAAUUUUUAGGAAAUUAAAAAAUUGUACCACGCCGCCAUUUUGUAGGAAAAAUGAUUUGCUAUUUAAAAAUGAAAAAAAGUGCACUUUUUCUUCUUUCUUUUUUAAGCUCGCGUGUCUACUUCAAUUUUGAAACUAAAAAAAAAUGUAAGAAAAACCAACCUAUUUUGUAGGAAGUUUAAUCAAUCUUUGUUUUGAAAUUCAAAUCGUUACAUCUCCUUCGGUCUUGAGGAUGCAUAAAUGUGUACCUACUCGAAAUGUGUAAAAGACUUUUUUGUGGGAAAUUUAAUUUUAUACAAAAAAAGAUUUUCACUCAUUUUCAAUAACUUUAAAAAUAAAAGUGGGCAUGUCGAUUUGAAGAAAAACUUUUUUUUUUAAAUUUCAUCUUUGUCAAGUUCAAAUUGUGCACUUUUCAAAUGCUGGGUAUUUUUUUUUUUUUUUUUUUUUUUUUUUAAGGCUCACAUAAUUAAAGUUAGUUGAAAAGUACCUAAUGGUGACCUUUUUUCGUUGGAAAAUAAUUUUCCUACGAGAUUAAUCUAAUCAAAAUUAAUCGUUGUUGAAUAAUUCAUUCUAAAUUAUUCGGACGAAACAGCCUAUAAAUUAUGCUAAUGAGAAAAUUCUCACAAAGUUACGACUGGAAAUCGCUCGAUCAUCGUAUUAGGAAUUGUGUAACUGGCGAUGUGCUCGGUUGAAGCAAGAUUUUUUACAUAUCAUGAUCUAGAUACCUUUAUAGUUCGUAGAUAUACAUACAUACCUACAUCAUCUAUAAAGAUACCGUACCUACAUUUUUGCGGCUUUUUAGAAACGUCAAUUCUUCUUAAACGUUGAUGCUAACAAAAAUAAAUUUUUCAUUCUAACUUGAACUGGUUUAACCUAAACUUUACUGCAUUUACUCACUCUCGUGUGUACCUAUCACAUAAAAUAUCAAUUUAAUGUGCCGAGUUACCAAACAAUUCGUAGGUAGUUAUCGUGUUAAGAGAUGUUUUUCAACCAGAAAAAAAAUUUUUAAAAAUGUGGGAAAAUAGAACCACGAUUACCAAUUUUUAAAAAAUGUCGAUGAUUCGAACACGUUGCACAAAAUACGACCAAUUUUUUGUUUAUUUGUUUUGUUUUUUUAUUACUUGGUCGCGUACGCGUACGCGUACCUAUCUGAAAAAUGUUUCGCGUCGAUUUUUACGUACAAAAAAAUAAUGUGUUGUUUUUUAUGGAUGUUUUGAAAAGUAUAAUUAGGUAUUAGAAUGUAAGUUCCUAUUCUUUAAACAUAGUCUGCCCGCGAAUAAUAAGUCUGGCUUAUAUUCACACAAAACUACGCAAGUUAUUACCGCAUUUAUUAUGAUUACUUGGGGGGAAAAUUAAUUACGAGUAAUAGUGUACCAUUUUUUAUUUCGAGUAACCGCAUUAUUUGCUUUCGAACGUUUGAUUUUAUAAUUGAAAUUCUCGAUUUACAUUGUUAAGUACUUACAAUUAGUACUUGUUAUUAUGAAACCAUCGACGAGCAUUUCUGUCAUAAUUUGAAAAUUGAUUAUGUUGUGUAAAUAAUUAUACGUACGCGUUUUGACGAAUAGUGGAAUAAACAUGGCGACGUUCAUUACCAACGAUACUAAUAUUUUUAGGUACCUAACUUUACUAUUGUUAUCGUUAUUUCUAGCCUCGUACAUAAUAGAUUUUGCCAAUGCGGUAUUGCCGGUAUUAAACGUUAUUAGUAAAAUUUGCAAUAUUUUUAUAUCUACGCGAUGAGUCUGGAAUUAUAUGUACGUACGAUCAGUCGAGUAUAAAACGAGCUGGAAUAUCCUUAUAUUAUACAAAUACGAGUAUUAUAGGUACAUAGGUAUUUUAUUUUGUAUGACAUUGAAUUCGCUGUUUCUUCCAUAAUGUAUGUAGAACGUUUUGUGAUUAGAGAAAAACCUUCUUGUAUAAUUUUUUAUGUAUUAUACCUACCUAUGCAGUAAAUUGUAUCUAUAAAUACGUCAUACGUGUAAGAAUACGGUGUAGAGUCGACUUUGCUGUCAUAUUGCGUAGCCGACCACUUCUCCUCUCUCUAUGUGAAACCUUUCAUCAAACAGAGCAUCAAAACAGGUACGAGAAUUUUAGUAUUUUCUGGUACCAUUUUGCGAUAUUCGAACAAUAAGCAUUAAAUUUACACGAUUAAUAAUAAUAUAUACCUAGUGUGUUGAAUCAACGGGCAGCUUCGAAUUUCGAUGUAAUUGCCACAAUUUAUGUAAAAUUUGUAAAAUUAUUUUCUCAUCAAAUGGCUAUAUAGACUAGAUAUUGUGUUCCGCGUUGCGCGCCAUUUUUUUUUUUUUUUUUUUUUAAACAUGAAUAAGUGCGUUUUUUUUAUUCUAAACAUUGAUUAGAAAUUCGACAAAAGUAGCUCGUAGAUAUUGGAAGGUUGUCGAAUGAAAGGUUUCAUGGUAAUCAAAAAAGUCCCAGCCUUGCAUUAUGUGUUAAUUUAAAUCCGAAAAUGAUAUCAUUUUAACUAGAUCAAAUCUUUGCAUCGAAAAAAAUUGAUAAAUUUUUUCAUAUAGAUAUUUUAAAAUUUGGGAUUUCUUUUCAAAAAUCAAGUUCAAAAAAAAAAGAGUCAGAAACACUGAUGCUUGAUAAAAUGAGUUCAGUAUUUUUUUCAUAAUGUUAAUAAAUUAUCAUAAAAAAUUGAAAGUCAGACUGUGUUAAUUAAUUAGCGACCAAAGAUAUUAUCAUUAUUAUAGAAAUGUACAAACGAAAUGUAGCAUACGUUUGUCUCUUAUUUCAAAAUCUUCCAAAUAAGCUAAAACAUAAUUAGUGAUUAAAAAUCAUCCGUUAUCAUUCAUGAUUCAUUGUCCAGUGCCCAACCAAUCAAAAUUAGGCGAGAACUUGUAGAGUUAAAAUUUUUUUUUCCUGAAAUACAAAUUAAGUAUACCUAUUCUUAUUUAACGCUUCGUAAGUACCUACCUAAUAUUAAUAUUUUUUUCCUUCUUAUUUACUGUAGUAUAGGUAAUCGUGAUACCUACGUACAUUUUACUGUUACGUGAUUAAAAAAUUUCAAGCGUUGUCGGUUCGGUUGAACUGGUUGUAUCAAAGAAGUAGAGUAUUGCCCAUAUAUACGAGUAUCACGUUUGUACUGUCCGAGAAAGUAUUACGCGUAUGUAGCCUGCGCAAAGUGCCAUAGAAUUUUUUUUGUUAAAAUGUAUAAAUAAAAUGAUUCAGUAUUUAAUUUCUGUACAUAAUAAUUACGUAUGUAUUGUUAAGAAAACGAUGAUGUGCUUUUAUCGUUUUGUGUUUUUUUUUCUUGUAUGCAUGUAUUUGAGUUGAAUUACUUACUAUUCGUAUGUUUUUACAAUAUGAGAAAAAUUGUAACGUAGUAACUCUUAUUUUUAAUUAACGAUUUUCCGUAUUUUCUUUUUUCUGUCGUGUUUUUUUCUGUUUAUCUUUCUUUUUUUCUGUACAAAUGUUAUGAACAAUAAAUUCUUUGUUACAAAAAUUUA